AGGACGUUCAACAUUUCUUGUGCUGGACUUCCACGCAUCCCCCCAAAUUCCGAAAUCAGCUUCCAAGAAUUGAGGACCCAAGAAUCUUCUAUAGGAGAAAGUCAAUAACAAACGUACCCCGAUCGUUAUUGAUCCGUGUUUUUCUAUAUCAUUUGGGUAUUCUUGAUCUGACCAAUUUUCAAUAACAACUCCAAUUGAUUCUUAUUAUUCUCCUUCCCGAUUUCAAUUUGGGGAUGGAUCUUGGAAAGGAGAAUUGAUUCAGCUGAGAUCUCGAAUUGAUCACUGAAGAUUAUUUCAAUUUGGGCACUCUUCAAUUCUAGGUGCUUUUGGAGCUGCGGAUAUGGAUGAGUGCGACUGUUCUUGGCAUUGAUCAGCGGGGAGUUUAGGGUUUUGUGAUCUUGAUCCAUUUUUACCUUUGUGUCUGUUUGAUGAAUCUGGCUAUAAUCAAAGAGAAGGAUAGGCUUGUGAACCAACGGUCAUCGAAUCCGGGUGAUCUCUGGCCGUUGGGUUUGCCCGUUGAGCAGAAAGUGUUUCGGGUUUGCAUCUCAAUCCACAGGUGGAACAAGGAGUUCUACAUACUGCCCGGAGGAUAAUUGGGUCGACCCGAAUUUUUUCUGGCUUAGUAAAUUUACCAGGGGAUGGAUUCAACCCAAGAUUCAACUUUGUCAAGUAAUGUAGCAGGUUUCGUAGAUGGGUCUUCUUCUAGUGAAAGAGAGGUUUAUUAUAUUGAUCAUCUGCCCGUAUUUGCGAAGGAGUUGAUUGCUGGAGGGGCUGCUGGUGCAUUUGCCAAAACGUCUGUCGCUCCGUUGGAACGGGUUAAAAUACUUCUUCAGACAAGAACUGAAGGAUAUCGCUCCCUUGGUGUUUUUCAAUCCCUUAAAAAGCUAUGGAAGCAAGAGAGCUUUGUAGGGUUUUACAAGGGAAACGGAGCAAGUGUCAUUCGGAUUGUUCCAUACGCUGCCUUACAUUUUAUGACCUAUGAGCGGUAUCGGAGCUGGAUUUUGGACAACUAUUCUGCGUUUGGGACGGGACCCGUCGUUGAUCUUUUGGCUGGUUCAGCAGCUGGAGGAACUGCAGUGCUAUGUACAUAUCCCCUAGAUUUGGCUCGCACUAGAUUGGCUUACCAGGUUGUGGACAGAACUCUAGAAAAUAAUCCCAGAUGCCAACGUGCUCAACCUGCUGCAUACAACGGAAUAAAGCAAGUUUUCCAGUCAGUUUAUAGUGAGGGUGGGGUCCGCGCACUUUACCGCGGUGUAGGUCCCACGCUUGUGGGGAUUCUUCCUUACGCUGGGCUGAAGUUUUACAUAUAUGAGGAACUGAAGAGCCGGGUGGCCAAAGAGCACGAGAAUUCCAUCAUGAUGCGUCUUUCGUGUGGCGCUCUCGCCGGUCUGUUUGGUGGAACGAGGGAACCGUAGGUACCGUAGCACGAGGGAGGGGCUUACGGUAAUUGUGCGCGAACAAGGCUGGAGACAACUGUUUGCUGGCCUCAGCAUUAACUAUAUCAAGGUUGUUCCAUCGGUGGCCAUCGGUUUCACUGCGUAUGAUGCAAUGAAGGGCUGGCUUCGCAUUCCUCCACGGCAGAAGUAGAAACAAGCGCUUCUUCCUCUUCCUCUGGUUAAUAAACAUGUGUGGUUGAUGAAGGCACCAACUAUUAUUAUUAUUAUUAUGACACACCUGAGGCCUUUUGCAGGUCUAUGGUGCUCCGUUGGCCUCAAACCGAUUCCUACCCCCCUAACCUCCCCACGACCCACCCCUCCCCUAUCACCACCUAUGCUUCCCCAUCGGCGUCAUCCCCCGGCCCCAUCCUCCGGGGCGACAAAUGCCCUCACCCUCUACCCUGCAUGAUAUCUUGUUUUUCCUUUAUUUCUGGCAACAAAACUUGUCCCCAGUUAUAUUGUUAUUGGGUACUUUUUCUUCUUCUUCUGGAAAUGGGAUUUAAUUAGUGGAGUCUACACAUUGGGUCUGUUUGCUAUACAGAACUGAUGGAAUUGGAAUUGAAUUGGGAGUUCAAAUUUUAUGGAAUUGAUUUGGAUGGAAUUAAAUUUUCCAAUUUCAAUUCAUUUUUGGCACUACCAAUUCCAAAUUCACAUAUUUUUAUGUUACCAAACAGCAAAAUUUGAAUUCUUGUCCUCAAUUCCAAUUCCAUACUUUGAAUUCUGUGUAUCAAACGGAGUCUCAAGAUAAUUACAGAGAUCUCAUGUGUAGUUACAAGGAAUCCAACUUGGGUAACUCUGU